GGUUCGGGCCCUAUCAUAUUUAACGGUGUCGAUUUGAGAAGUGGUGACGAUUUCUUUUAACUACUUGUCCUUCCUUAACUUUGAAGUAUUUAGUAUCAGGAAUAUUCUCUUUAAGAGUUAAGAAGGCGGUUUGAUAUUUAUUCUUAAUCCAACUGUCAGAUCGUGAGGACGGACUUUAAUAGCCAUUUAUGUCAACAGUUAUCAGUUGAAGGUUGGGUGACAACUAACUGGUUGCGGAAUACUAAUACUAAAGAUAGUAUUAUUGUAUAUCUAAAGGACACUUUGUACGAGACUUUCAGAAAACACAAAAUGUUGCAUAGAAAAAUGAGGAUGAACUCUACGAACAUGUCAGAAGAAUCCGAUGUUUACUCCGAGGCUGAGGACCAAGUUGAUGUUGAUGUGGAAAGAGGAGGUGUUGAAGAGUCAACACCGCCUAGACCAACGGAUCUAAGAUUACACGAAAGGUUACAUGGAGGCUGUGCAGAAACGGGACUGAAUUUCUCAAAGUUGCCGACAUUUGGACAUUCAAAUUCGUUCCACAAAGAUACUUCUCCUGACAAUUGCAAAUCGUGCAUAAACAACAACAGUGAAAACCAUAAACUACCAUUUUCGUCUAGUGUUCCAAACAAACUGAAAAGUGCUCAAGUAGACAAAAACAAUUCAGGUAGUGCGAGAAAUGACACAAAACCAGCAACAAGACCAUCUUUUCUUAUCACAGACAUUCUUUCAAGCGGAAGCAGGUCAAUGAACACGCAUACAGACACCGACAACACUUCUGUAGCCACGACACCUUGCACCCCGUGUACGCCAACAAGCCACGUGAUUGACAUCCAGAGAACGGCGGCUCUGUUAGCUGCGCAUGCGCGAGGAUCACCUUCCGGUUGUCUUCUCUCUCCGGGUGCUUCCAGUGAUUCACCAGCCCCUGAUUCGGACAUCGAUGAAGAGUCAAGAGACGGAUCACCUCUGUCAAACUCAGGCAGUCCAACAGAUUCCAGAAACUCAAAGAAGGCCAGAAAGGCAAGGACAGCCUUUACUGAUCAUCAGCUGAACUCUCUGGAAAAGACGUUUGAGAGACAGAAGUACCUUAGCGUUCAGGACAGAAUGGAACUGGCGGCCAAGUUGAACCUUACGGACACACAAGUCAAGACCUGGUACCAGAAUAGAAGAACAAAAUGGAAGCGCCAGACAGCAGUUGGUCUUGAACUCCUUGCGGAAGCCGGGAGCUAUUCCAAUAUCCAGCGAAUCAUGCAAGCAAGCCCAUACUGGAGCUCCUACCCCGGUACACAUGGGCCUAACCCCGCCCUUCUGCCUGGUGUGGACUCUCUGUACUACCGCCAAGGGGGGUCACCAUUGUCUUCACAUCGGCAGCUAGUCUCCAGAAUGUACCUCCAGAGUAUGGGCCAUAUGGCAUAAUGACUUAUUAUAAGACCAACAGGCACAGCUAGUAAACAUUGAGCUUAUAAGAGGCGGUCCAAAACUAAUUGGUACCUCUCAUAGGGCAUAGGUCACAUGACAUUGUGACGUAUGAAUUGAGAAGAAAUAAUCAGUAACAAUAACAAGGAAAGUAUUCUCAUCAGGCUUUAUCUACAGUGUGAUGAACACAUGGCAUGAUGACUAUGAACAUCCAAUCAAUUAGUCAGAAUGAUAUUGAACAGCGGCCACCCAAAAUUUCGUUUUGAAAAUAUUCAACAAAGCGAUCUGGCAGUUAGAAGUCGAUAUUGUUUGAAGUUGUGUCUUUUUAUUUAUUUAUUCGUUUAAAAAAAAAUGAUGAUUUUUAAACAAAUUGUAAACGUCUUUAUUUUUUCAUCGUUUUGUGCAAUGAAAUUUGAUCUUUUCGAGCUAUUUAGGGUUAAAAUUUGCAUUUAUCGACCCAGGGAUGUUCAAAAAGUGUUCCUCCAUCACCAUUACAAUUUUGUGAAUUAUUUCGAGCCAUUUUGAUCGUUUUAUUGAAACAUUUACAAUUGGUGUCCAAUUGUGGUGUUAGUUUACAUUGUAUGCAUUGAAGACGCAAUUGAUUGUUUUAAAUAAGUUAUACCUUCUUUUUAAUUAUUUUAAACUUGACGACAGAGAUUUUUUCUUGACGGUAGAAUUUCCUGGAAAGGAAACAUGAUAGUUUUAGAGAAAUUAAGUGUCAAAAUAAGAGAAUAAAAUGCAACAAGUACUGAAUAAAUGAAUAAAAUAUCAUUAUGAUUAAUUAUAUAAUGAUAAACGCUAUUUAUAAAUUCUGUUUUUCAUUAUAUAAAGUGUACAGUUGACUUUACUGUAAUUUUGAAAGUAAUAAUGUCAUUUAUGUUUCGCUAUAAAUGAUUCUUAGUGGUUUUGUUAUUUUGUUUGUUUGUUUCAAUUCAUGACUUUCGUUGUUUAUUUUGUUUUAAUAGGUAAUUGGGUUUUUAAUGUUAUAUACUUUCAUAAAAAAUAUUAAAAGUGAAUUUGACCAAGUCACGUGACUGUUAUUUGCUUUUCAUUGCAAAUAAAAUGCUGAAUUUGAAUGAUUUAAGAUGAGCAGUGGCUGGGCAUUCAAUAUUGAUCUUGGAUAUAUGAUCGGUUUAGCUAAUCGGAUUACUAGCUAUUCAUAACUGACAUAUAGAGUGAAUGAUAUCAAUAGUAUGCCCAUAAGGUUGAAUAUUGAAUACCACCCAUGUCUUAUUUAAUCUAAAACAAGCUUUUUCUGUGUGUACUCUUUCCCUAUUUCUUUGUUUUAAAUAUUUUUGUUAUUUUUGUUUUCAUUAUUUUCAUCAUUUAUAUUAUUAUGUAUAAUGUUAAAUUGUCUCACUGUUAAAAAUCUAACUUGGGAGAAGGAUAAAAAAUAAAAUGAAAAAAGC